CGGUUUUGCUGCAAUCAAUGGCCUCGCUGCUGAAAUUUUCGGCUGGCGUGCGGGCAUAUAGCCGCGGUCAUCAGCUGCUGUUCCGGCGGGCCAAGGUUUCAAAUGCGGCCGAAUUCCGGGCUGCCCUGGUCAAUGUGCCACCGACGGAAGUUACGACUCUAAACAGUGGUCUGCGUGUCGCUAGCGAAGACUCGGGUUCGCAGACGGCCACCGUUGGUCUGUGGAUAGAUGCCGGCUCGCGCUACGAAGACAACAACAACAAUGGCGUCGCACACUUCCUGGAGCAUAUGGCGUUCAAGGGUACGGCCAAGCGUUCGCAGACCGAUCUCGAGCUGGAAGUGGAGAAUAUGGGUGCCCACCUAAAUGCGUACACAUCCCGCGAACAGACCGUUUUCUAUGCCAAAUGUCUAUCUCAGGAUGUGCCGAAAGCGGUCGAAAUUCUGUCCGACAUCAUCCAGAACUCGAGACUGGGAGAGACGGAGAUCGAACGUGAGCGGGGUGUAAUACUGCGCGAGAUGCAGGAGGUCGAAAGCAACCUGCAGGAGGUAGUGUUUGAUCAUCUGCACGCGACCGCUUACCAGGGCACGCCGCUCGGCAACACCAUCCUCGGACCAACCAAGAACAUCCAAUCGAUCGGCAAAUCGGAUCUGCAGCAGUACAUCGACGCACACUACAAGGCGCCCCGCAUCGUGUUGGCUGCGGCCGGAGGCGUUCGGCACGCGGAUCUGGUACGUCUGGCCGAACAAAGCCUCGGUAAGGUAAGCUCCACCGUGGACAGCAAGGCGACCGCAUUGGCCUCCUGUCGCUUCACCGGAUCGGAAGUGCGUGUGCGCGACGAUUCCCUACCGCUCGCGCAUGUUGCGAUCGCUGUUGAAGGAUGUGGCUGGACCGAUCAGGAUAAUGUACCGCUGAUGGUAGCCAACACGCUGAUCGGUGCCUGGGAUCGGUCGCAAGGUGGUGGCGCUAACAAUGCGUCCAAAUUGGCCGUUGCCUCGGCCACGGAUGGACUCUGUCACAGCUUCCAGUCGUUCAACACCUGCUACAAGGAUACCGGCCUUUGGGGCAUAUACUUUGUGUGCGAUCCGCUCAAGUGCGAAGAUAUGCUGUUCAAUGUGCAGAAUGAAUGGAUGCGUCUCUGUACGAUGGUGACGGAGGGUGAGGUCGAACGCGCCAAGAACUUGCUGAAGACGAACAUGUUGCUGCAGCUGGACGGCACUACGCCCAUAUGUGAGGAUAUUGGUCGCCAAAUGCUUUGCUACAACCGUCGCAUCCCGCUGCACGAACUGGAGCAAAGAAUUGAUAGCGUUACUGCCCAAAAUGUGCGUGAUGUAGCGAUGAAAUACAUUUUCGACCGUUGUCCCGCUGUAGCAGCUGUCGGACCGGUUGAAAACCUCCCUGACUAUGUACGAAUCCGUUCGUCUAUGUACUGGACCCGUCUGUAGAGUGAUGCCUUG